GCUGGAUCAUACGAGUUGUUGCAUGAUUGGCGCAAGGCAGGAUACAUCGGCAUGUUGUCUGCUGCCUACGAGCAGAACGGGAAGUCUCGUGCAGGUGGCAUUACUAUGGGCACUUUGAAGAAGUAUAAGGUUCAGUCGAUGCGGCAUUUGGCGUCGUCGCCAUCGGACCAGGUCGGGCUUCGUGACCUGGAUCGGCGUCCAGAGGCCAUGCCAGGCAUCGAUUUCCGUGAUAUGGUGGCUAUGCAGCUACGGGCCCAGGGCCAGUCGUUGUUGAUCGUUGGUGUGUACAUGACCUCUUCGAUCGGGCCGAAGGCAAACGCUCCCAAGCUCGCUAACGUUGGCACUUUGGUUUCGACGGUGCAAGGGCCGUGGCUAGCCAUCGGUGACUGGAAUAUGACCCCAAAAGAGUUAGCUGGUACGGGGUGGUUGGGUCUUGUGAAUGGCAGUGUGAUCGUUCCGUCUAACACUGAUUACACGUGCACGUUGGGUUCAGGGCGCAUGUUGGAUUAUAUCGUGGCUUCUCCGCAUGCAUUGCCGUGGGUCGAGUCUCUCUCAGCGGAUUUUCAGGCGGUGGAGGGGGCGGGCAAGGCCCAUUAUGGGCUCCAGCUCAGCCUCAACUUCGACGCCUGCCGUGCCAGAGCGUGGCUCAUGAGGCGCAAGCUGGCCAUCAAGAGCCCGCCCCCGUUGCAGUACGCCCUUUUUGAUGAGGAGGAUGACGAGUUUUUCACGGACGGGGAGGACACGGACGUCCCUGAAGAUGAUGAUGAUGUGCAGGUGGCCGUCUCUGAUUCGGAAGUGGACACGUAUGCCUCGACUCAGUUGGAGUGGUCGUCGGAGGCGAAGGAUCUGUUGUGGCAGCAG